AUGGGCUUGCAUUCCCCGCAGUCUUUUGCAAUCGCUUUGACAGAGAGGCAGCGUCAAGCCGUGGUGCCAAGGGCUACGCGAGCAUGCAAGAGCCUAAAGACCACUGGGAACUUGCUUGAAGGUCUCCCCCUGGGAGAAAGCAAGCGACAGUUGCACACGGGAGGAAGGUUUGACAGACCAAGGCGAAAGGCAUGGUCGCCCCUCCAGCCUGUUUCUCAAAAGCAACAAUCUGAAUUGCUGUAUUUCUCCUGUUAUGAUACUGGCACCAGUUUCGGUUGCAGCCAAUUAUAUACUGUACGUAUAACGGUUCACUCACAGAACAAUCCCGUUGAACUGCACAUGCUCUCGGUAGCAUCGUUUGCCGCACAGCACAUAUCUCGCUUGCUCAAACCUUUCAGGGAAAUAGAGGAGGACAGGUACAGUAAAAUACCCAUUAUGCAAAAGCGUUUUCUGAACCACUCAAGCUCGUAA